AUGCAGUCGACCUCAGAAGCUGAGUGCGCAUCCAUUGUUCUCGAAGGCCUUCUCGCUGACUAUUGCAAUGUCUGCGCCGCAGCCUUGUUCGUAUAUGAUAUGAUUAUUACGUUCUCCAGGGAGGUCACGCAUGUAUGGGGCCGGCGGCUCACCACUGCCACUGCGCUGUUUAUGAUCAACCGGUACUCUACACUAGCAAAUAGGCUCUUGAUAUUGCUCCCAAUGUCACCAUGGUACAUAGCGACAACACAGGUCUGUACCAUUGUAGGUCGCCUGUACACGGUGUCCGGAGUGCUCAGCAUCAUGGCAAUCGCAGUUUUUUUUGCUCUCCGAGUGCAUGCUAUCUCGGGGCGUGAUCGGACGCUGUCAUUCUUUGUCUUGACUUUAGGCAUCGUGCUGCCAGGCGGUUACAUCUAUGAAGAGAUCAAAACCACGUACUCAGCACCAUCACCCCUAGCACGUGACAGAAGGUGUCAACAAACAGUAUUCUGGAGCACGAGCACCCAUCUACUACUGGGAACCAUUUGCCGUUGCGCAACGGUGGCUGCGGAUUUGGUCACUUUGUGCAUCACUUUGGACAAUACAUUAAAGCUUCGUAGAGCGACCCCAGAGGGAGGUCGUGGUAGAAAACUUGUCGAGCUUUUGAUUAGAGAUGGCUCAUUAUACUUCGGCGUAAUCCUGACACUCAACGCUCUAGAUAUCGUUCUACUUCAGGCUAGCAAUUUCGGCACCGUGGGGAAUAUUAUAAACACACUCAGUGUUAUACUGGUUUGCCGGCUCACUCUCAACCUACGGGAGUUCGCAGUGGAAGAGGAUCCGUCUGUCCCCCAAUUUUCCAGCGUUAAAGAAGCCCCUUCAAUGACAUUUGGCUCUUCGGAUACGCCGCCUGAUUUUCACGAUGGUGCCGAAGGCGACUAUGAGAGGUCGAACAACGACCAAGGAGGCCAGCUGCUUCGUGACGAGAUCCACCCUCUAGACACGGAGAAUCCUUGACGACGGCGACAAUCAAUCCCCAUAGAGUCGUAUACUGUAUCUCAUAUCUCAGAACGACAUAGUCCUAACAUACACAGCAUUGUCAACCCCAAACAACAGCUACAGUAGUCAAUAGGAAUAUACAGUAUGAUAAUUGUCUAAUAAUACAAACCGCUGG